CAGAUCAAUCCAGACUUCUUGGUCAAGCUUGAGCUAGAAGCCUUGGGGCUUUACCCUGACCAUUACGUUGACAUAUAUAAAGUAACAUUUAAGGACUAUUCUGGACCGUCUCCGGUAGUUAAUUGGCUGGCAGGCCCACAGUGUAUGACGAUCAUCCUUAACAGACAGGAACAGGACACGCUCUCGCCAGUAUCUGGGAUCUCAGUGAGACGCGGACCACGAUGGAAAGAUCUGUUCAUUCAAUCCUCCAGUGUUUAACUUGUGAGUUUGUCUCCACUGUGAUUCACUACUAAACAGCUGGACAUCCAUGUUGAGAUGACGAUCCAUGUGUUCCCCGGGGGAAGCCUCGCUUUCGUCUUUAUUUGCGUAGGCUUCCUGUUUAGAGGGACACUUCAAGGUCAAAACGAGCGCCAUCUUCUUCACUUUCUGUUCGUUGAGAGGCAUUACAACCCCCUGGAGAGACCCGUGGCCAAUGAGUCAAAGCCAAUCAUUGUGAAGUUCGGAAUCACUCUUCAACAAAUCAUAGAUAUUGACGAGAAAAACCAAAUUCUAUAUUCAAACAUAUGGCUACAAAUGAGAUGGCACGAUGUCAAUUUGAUUUGGGAGCCUCGAGAGUUUGGUGGAGUUGAGGAAAUUCGAGUUCCCGCCAAAAACGUGUGGAAACCAGACGUACUGCUAUAUAACAGUGCAGACGAUGACUUUGACGGAACCUACCAUUCGAACAUCAUCGUGAAUUACAAGGGCGAAAUAAAGUGGAUUCCCCCGGGAAUGUUCAAGAGCACCUGUCAGAUCGACAUCGCAUGGUUCCCGUUUGACGAGCAGAAGUGUGACCUCAAGUUCGGCUCCUGGACAUACGACGGUCGCUUCCUGGACCUGAUAUUUGACGGAACUUCGGACGGGGACGCCUCGGACUUCAUCAGGAACGGCGAGUGGGAACUCCUGGGAGUACCCGGGGUGAGAAACCAGAAGUCGUACGAGUGUUGCCCCGAGAUCUACAUCGACAUCACGUACACCAUACACGUGCAGCGCCGGACGCUGUACUACGGCUUCAACAUCAUCAUCCCGUGUGUCCUCAUCUCGUCCAUGUCACUGCUGUUGUUCAUGCUACCUCCGGACUCAGGGGAGAAAAUAUCUCUAGGGGUGACCAUUCUCCUGUCACUGAUGGUGUUCCUCCUUCUGGUCGCCGAGACGAUGCCCCCCACAUCUGACGCUGUUCCAUUAAUUGGGAUAUAUUUCUGCUGUAUCAUGAUCAUGUGUUCAAUGUCGAUGCUGUUUACGGUCAUCGUGCUGAACUUUCACUACCGCGGGCCGGAAACUCACUCGAUCCCAUCAUGGGUCAAUGAGUGGGUGAACGGACGCCUGGCCUGGCUCCUGUGGAUGAAGCGUCCCGGGCAUGCGCAGAACAGGCACACCAAGGACACGAUAGAGAGGACGCGGCUCCAUGACAUCGUGGUCCAGGAGCGCCAGUCCCGGUGUCUGCUGUCCGGUCUAGACUUUGACGAGGAAAUCCGGAUAGAAAACGGGGCACUGCCCAAAUCCGGAGAAUCCCCAUUCCUGAGCACAAAGUCUGACCUUCUCUCGAUAUUGAAGGAACUCAGAAAGAUCACCACACGGUGUAAGAGAGAGGAGGAGGAAGUGGUGGUUCGCGGCGAGUGGCGGUUUGCUGCCAUGGUGAUCGACCGCCUGUGUCUGUGGAUCUGUGUGACCUUCACCGUCAUAUCGACUCUGGCGGUUCUAUUUUCAGCACCGCAUUUAGUGACGUCAUAAAAAGUAACAUCAUUUUCUAAGUUAGGAAUGAGCUAUAUAACGUAUACGCUAGUAAUUCAUUCUAUUUGUACAUUUAUAUUUAUAUUAUUAUUCCAAUGAAAGUGCAGUAAAACUUUUCUUUUAAAAGAGAAGCUUAAUUGUGCCUACAGGCUACAGCAUUGGGUAGGACGAAGUUAAUAGAUAAACUAUGAAUAUAUGUACUUUCAAUAGAUAAAAGAAAAAAAUUAAACGAUACAUUGCAAUAAAAAGAUAAAAUAAAUCAA